GCAACCAAUCCUAGUAGCAGUAACACACCGCCCUCCUCCUCCGUAAUGGUCGGCGAUUCCAGGUUUGUGACACUAUUAGCCCUACCAUUUCCCUGUCUCUUCCAUCCUCUCCGUCCCUCCUCCUUCCUCCUUUGCCGCCGCCUGACCACCCUUCCCCUCAGUCUCUCCUCCAUCAAAUCCAAGUCCCAAACCCCACAAAUUCUUCCCCUCAACUCCACUCAACAACAGCACUUCCACUCCCAACCAGCUAACAAUACCACAUACCCACACAACUCUUCUCAACACCACAGCCACCCAUGGCCAGAGUGGAACCAUUUUAUCAAUACUAUCUCUCUCUCCUACACCGCAAAUGGGCAGGGAGUUACUGUACCUAUGAACCAUGAAAUCCUUCUUGACGAUGCUUUUGUUGCGUACGAGGAAUUGUCGGAGGAGUUUGUCCGUACCGCCGCCUCGUGCUUGGCUUUCGCUCGGGACUGCCCCAAUCUUCUGGGUUCUGGAUCCGACGCCCAGCGGCAACUGAAACUCCCGGAGGAGCCAGCACGCGCGGCCGGCCCCCCUCACCUGGUGCUGGCUCCGCCAAUAAUGCGUAUAUAUAUGUACCCGUUUAAAUUCAUAUUCAUUAAUAUGGAUAUAAGGAGAUUAAAAAACCUUAACGCCGCCGCUAUCACCAAUGCAGUGUUGUUACAACCCUUCAAACGACCAUUUACUAUCUCUUCCUCCAAUGCCCGGCAAAACCCGGAGCCCAGAAACCAGAAGUCUUCGAAAAUAAAGGUGGAAGACGAGGGCGACCCAGUAAAACCCAGGGGAGUGCCAACACAGGCAGCAUUUGAUGAGAUAUUGCUCCACAAGAAGAAGUGGGUAUCCUCCAUUCUCUCAAGCCCACAUCUAAAUACAUCUAAAUGGAAACAUUUACUAACCCAAUUAACUCCUCAUCACUUUGGUACCAUUUUCUUGGAAAUUUAUCAUUUGAUUGACCCUACAAUUGCAUUGAAGUUCUUUUACUUCGCUAGCGCUUCUGCUGGCUUUAAAUUCACACUCAGGUCUUACUGCCUUUUGAUUCACCUGUUAGUGAGUAAGAAUCUUGAUUCUGCAGCGCGGUUGCUUUUGAUAAGAUUGAUUGACAAAAAGCUCCCUGUGAUUUUAAACGAUAAUAUUAUUGGGAGUAUGCAUAAAGAGAUUACAGUUUUAUUGGCAAAUUUGUAUUCAGGAUCGAAUAAAUUCAAUGCCACUAUUAGGACUUUUGAUAUUUUGGUUCAUGUUUAUGCUAGUCAAUUCAAGUGUUUGGGAUUUGAUGUUGCAGUGGAUGUGUUUCGUCUUUUAGCGAGCAGAGGGUUGUUUCCAUCCUCCAAGACUUCUAAUUUUUUGCUUAGCUCGCUCGUCAAGGCGGAUGAGCUCGAGAAGAGCUACGAGGUCUUUUAUAUUAUUUCUUCAGCCAUUUUGCCAGAUGUCUACUUGUUUAGUACUGCGAUAAAUGCGUUAUGCAAAGGAGGGAGGGUAAAUGAUGCAGUUGUGUUGUUUAAGAGAAUGGAGGAUGUGGGUAUAGCUCCAAAUGUUGUUACUUUUAAUAACCUUCUGCAUGGGUUGUGCAAAAAAGGGAAUUUGGAAGAGGCUUUUCAGCUCAAGGAGAAAAUGGUAAAUAAUGGUGUGAACCCAAGCCCUGUAACAUAUGGUGUGCUUAUUAAUGGUCUGAUGAAACUCAAGAAAUGUGAUGAAGCCAAUUUUAUUCUAAAAGAGAUGUUGGUCAAGGGGCAUGUUCCAAAUGAAGUUGUUUUUAACACGUUGAUUGAUGGGUAUUGCAGGAUUGGAAAUGUUACAACAGCGUUGAAGUUAAAGGAUGAUAUGUUGUCCAAGGGCAUUAGUCCCAAUUCAGUUACUUUUAAUAUACUUCUUAAUGGUCUCUACAUGGAUGAUCAAAUUGAUCUAGCAGAACAGUUCUUAGUUGAAAUGGUAUCAAAAGGCUUAUGUAUAAACCCUGGUACAUUUGGUUCUGUUAUUCAUGGUCUGUGUAAGAAUUCAAGAUUAGACUCCGCAUUGCAUUUCACUAGGUUAAUGGUAUCUAGGAAUUUGAGGCCAAAUGAUAGGUUGCUAACAACAUUAAUCCAUGGGCUUUGCAAGAAUAAUAAGCAUUCAGAAGCUCUGAAGCUAUGGUAUAUGCUACAAGAUUUAGGGAUUGCAGCCAAUACAGUGACCUCAAAUGCACUUAUAUGUGGACUCUGUGAGGUGGGCAACAUUCAGGAAGCUAAAAUGUUGCUAAAAAAUAUGUUGAACGGGGGUGUUGGAUUGGACGUGGUUACAUAUAAUGCACUCAUUUAUGGAUGCUGCAAAGAGGAUAAAUUGGAGAGUGGCUUUAAUCUCAAGGAAGAUAUGGUUAAGCAAGGAAUUUCUCCUGAUAUUGUUACGUACACAUUGCUAAUGCAUGGGCUGUGUAGUAAAGGUAAACUGGAUGAAGCUGUUGCACUUUGGCAUGAAUGCCAAUUAAAUGGUCUUAUUCCCAACAUUCACUCGUAUGGAGUCAUGAUAAAUGGUUUCUGCAAUGUUAAGAAAGUUGAGGAGGCUAAACGUUUCUUCAACAUGUUGCUCAGACACAACAUUGAACCAAAUUCUAUUGUAUAUAAUAUACUAAUUAAGGCGUACUCUAGGAAUGGAAACAUGAUAGAGGCCCUUAAACUUCGUGAUGAAAUGAGAAGCAAAGGCAUUUCACCUUCAUGUUUCACCUAUUCUUCUCUAAUACAUGGAAUGAGCAUUUUGGGGCAUGUUGAUAGGUCAAAACAUCUUAUGGAUGAAAUGAAAAAUGAGGGCUUACAACCUGAUGUAUUUUGUUAUACUGCACUUAUUGGUGGUUUUUGUAGGCUAGGUCAGAUGGAUGAAGUAAACAGUGUCUUGCAGGAAAUGUUGUCAUGCAAUGUACAGCCAAAUAAGAUAACAUACACAGUCAUUAUUGAUGGCUAUUGCAAGUUGGGUCGUAUGAAAGAAGCUUCUGAGCUUCUGAGUGAAAUGAUUGGCAGAGAAAUUGAUCCAGAUUCAGUUACUUAUAAUACAUUGACAAACGGGUUUUGCAAGGAAGGGAAAGUAGAAGAAGCUUUUAACUUGUGGGAUCACAUGUUCCAGAGAGGACUAAAGUUAGAUGAGGUUGCACACACCUUGUUGAUUCACUGCUUGCCAGAGGCAUUGGGAAAUGCUGAUCAAAAUUGAAUGGAAACUCCAACACGGUUAUAGAUUCCUUCAAUUCUCUAUUCUUCAUUUCUUUAAAACCCACAUUCUGGUAUCAGAGCUGAUUUUCUUAAGGGAUCUAUGUGUAACAAUGGAAGCUGAAACCAAUUUCUCUCAAAUUGCUCCCCCGGUCUUCGAUAGAGAAAACUACCAGCUUUGGGCACUUAGAAUGGAAGCUUAUCUGGAGGCUUUAGAUCUAUGGGAAGCCGUGGAAGAGGAUUAUGAAGUCAUUCCGCUACCGAACAAUCCCUCCGUAACUCAGAUCAAAAGUCACAAAGAAAAGAAAACUAGAAAGUCAAAGGCGAAAGCAACUUUAUUUGUUGCUGUUUCAACAACAAUUUUCAAGAGAAUCAUGACUCUCAAAACAACAAAAGAGAUUUGGGAUUAUCCGAAGGAAGAAUAUGCAGGAGAUGAAAGGAUACGAGGCAUGCAAGUGCUAAAUCUAAUAAGGGGAUUUGAGCUGCAAAAGAUGAAAAAGGCUGAGACAAUCAAAGAAUACUCAGACAGAUUGCUCAGCAUUGUCAACAAGGUAAGGCUUCUUGGCACUAAAAUUGAUGAUUCAAGAAUUGUAGAAAAAAUUCUUGUUACCGUGCCUGAAAGAUAUGAAGCUUCAAUAACCACUUUGGAGAACACAAAAGAUCUAUCCAUGAUUACCUUGGUAGAGCUUUUAAAUGCUUUGCAGGCUUAAGAGCAACGGAGGCUUAUGAGACAAGAUCCUACUGUUGAAGGAGCAUUGACAGUCAAACACCAGGAUGCCCAGAGGAACAACAAAAAGAAGAAUCAUAAGAAUCAAGUCUCAAUUUCUGAGAGCUGUUCAAGCAAGCACACUCAAAGCAAAGGUGGAAGCUCAAAGGGAAACUAUCCCCCUUGUAAACACUGUGGCAAAAUGGGACAUCUUCCAUUCAAAUGUUGAAAGAGACCUGAUGCAAAGUGUAGCAAAUGCAAUCAGCUUGGACAUGAAGCUGUGAUUUGCAAAAGCAAAUUUCAGAAGUAAGAAGAAGAUGCCGAGGUAGCUGAUCAAGAUGAAGAAGAUCAGAUGUUUGUGGCAACGUGUUUUUCAACAAUGAGCUCUUCACAAUGUUGGCUGAUCGACAGUGGUUGUACAAACCACAUGACUUAUGAUAGAACUCUUUUUAAGGAGUUAAAGCCUACUGGAAUCACUAAAGUCAGGAUAGAAAAUGGUGGCUAUAUUCCAGCAAAAGGAAGAGGAACCAUUGCAAUUACAACCAGCUCAGGUACAAAAACAAUUUCUGAUGUUCUUUAUGUACCUGAUAUCGAUCAAAAUCUACUGAUUGUAGGCCAAUUAAUAGAAAGAGGAUUUAAAGUGUCCUUUGAAAAUUGGUAUUGUCGUAUCCAAGAUGCCGCUGGACAGGAGAUUUUACGUGUUAAAAUGAGAGGUAAAAGCUUCUCAUUUGACCCAACGGAGGAGGAGUACAGAGCUUGUUCCACCAAAGCCAGCAUCAUCGAAAUCUGGCACAAAAGGCUCAGGCAUUGUUAUCUUCAACGAAUGCUAAAGAUGAAGAAAAAUGACAUGAUAAGAGGUUUACCAACUCUGGUUGAUCACUUGCCAAAUUGCCAUGCUUGUCAAUUCGGUAAACAAGAUAGGAAGCUAUUUCCUAAAUCAUCCUGGAGAGCAUCACAAAAGCUACAACUUGUCCACGCAGACGUGGGAGGACCUCGAAGAACACCAUCACUUAAGGUAGCCAUUAUUACAUUCUUUUCAUUUAUGAUUUUACAAGAAUGUGCUGGAUUUUUUUCUUAAAAUUCAAGUCAGAAGUGGUUGGAGUGUUUUGGAAGUUCGAGAAAAUGGUGGAAAACCAAAGUGGCUGCAAAAUUCAAGUUCUAAGGUCUAAUAACGGAAAGGAGUACACCUCAGCAGAAUUUAAUUUGUUCUGCGACGAAGCUGGCAUUGAACAUCAGCUUAUUGCUCCUUACACUCCAGAACAAAAUGGAGUUAAUGAAAGGAGAAAUAGAUACGUCAUGGAGAUGGCCAGAUGCAUGUUACAUGAGAAGGAGUUGCCAAAAAGGUUCUGGGCAGAGGUAGCCAACACAGCAGUAUUUUUGCAAAACAGGCUUCCAAGCAAAGCUAUCAAAGAUAAAACUCCGUUUGAGGCUUGGUUUGGGUAUAUACCUUCAUUGAGCUUUCUUAAAGUGUUUGGUUGUGUGUGUUUUGCCCAAAUUCCAGGGGUCAAGCGGGACAAACUCGACAAAAAAGCAAUUCCAGGCAUCUUUGUGGGUUAUAGCUCAGUUUCCAAAGCCUAUAAAGUGUAUCACCCUCAAACAUAAAAAUGACGAUCACUAGAGACGUUCACUUCAACCAGGAUGAGCAAUGGGAUUGGGAGAAUUCAUAGGGAAUAGGCAGAUUUUUACAAGAAUUUAAAGGUGAUUCUCUUGAAGAGUAAACAACAAAGCAGUGGCAUAAUGAAUUGGAAGAUGAUCCUCCAAUCAGAGGAACAAGACCACUUUCAGACAUCUAUCACAGAUGUAACGUGGCACUAUGCGAACCUGCUGGACAUGAAGAAGCUCUUAAAGAUCUAAAGUGGAAGAAAGCAAUGGAAGAAGAGAUGUCAAUGAUUCACAAAAAUAGAACUUGGGAAUUAGUCAACAAACCUGAAGGUAGAAAAGUCAUUGGAGUAAAGUGGGUGUACAAAACAAAGCUCAAUGCAGACAACUCCAUCAACAAACACAAAGCAAGGCUUGUCAUUAAGGGGUAUGCUCAAAUUUUUAGUGUUGAUUAUUCUGACACUCUUGCUCCUAUUGCUAGAUUAGACACAAUCAGAAUGUUGCUAACCUUAGCAGCACAAAAAGGCUGGAAAGUGUUCCAGCUAGAUGUCAAAUUGGCUUUUUUAAAUGGUGUUUUGCAAAAAGAAAUAUAUUUGGAGCAGCCAGAUGGAUUUGUGGUGCAAGGUGAAGAGGAUAAGGUCUAUCUGCUCAAAAGGGCUCUUUAUGGCCUAAAACAAGCGCCAAAAGCCUGGUACAACAGGAUAGAUGAACAUUUACUAAGCUUAGGCCUCACAAAAAGCUAAUCUGAGGCCACUCUUUACGUUAAACAGAAUGGUAGUUAUGUUCUCAUAGUCUCUUUUUAUGUUGAUGACCUUUUGGUAACAGGAAAUAAUGCGCAAAUGGUUGCGGAGUUCAAACAAGAAAUGAUGCAGGUUUUUGAAAUGACAGAUUCUGAACUUAUGACUUACUUUCUUGGGAUGGAGGUCAAGCAAAGCCAAAAUGAAGUGUUCAUCUGUCAAAAGAAGUAUGUAAAGGAAAUAUUAAAGAAAUUUCAGAUAGAGGAGUGCAAAGCAUCAAACACGCCAAUGGGUCAAAAAGAGAAGCUGAGCAAGGAUGAUGGUGCUGAUAAAGUUGAUGAAAGUUAUUAUAGAAGUUUGAUUGGUUGCUUAAUGUAUCUUACAGCAACAAGACCUGACAUUCUGUUUGUUUAAAUUGGCAUUGUUAUGGUGACCUGCUGGGAAACAAGUUCUCCUCUCGGGUGUUCAUGUCAGAGGAAAAGUCUGAAGGGUAGGAGGAUGCUGAAACUUUAGCAGUGAAAUUAAGAGGUAUCAAGAAGAACUUUUCCAGUCUGAGUAAAUUUACGCGACUUUGGGAGAUGCCUAGACUCAUUGUAUAAACAUUCAACUUUAGAUGCUAUAGGCAUUGGAGGGCUUGGUUCAACGAUUGGUGCUGGAGUUUAUAUCCUUGUUGGCACAGUUGCAAAGGAGCAUUCAGGGCCAGCCCUUACCUUUUCCUUUCUAAAAGCUGGUAGAGCAGCUGCUCUUUCUGCCUUCUGCCAUGCCGAGCUAGCGAGUCAUGCCCAUUUGCCGGGAGUGUAUCUGGGUUUGAAUCCCAGAUCUCUCACUGCCUGUAUUUCCUAUCCUUCCACCAUUUUCUCCGUCGCUUGCUCCGUCCCAGAUAAUCAGAUCUCCUGUGUAACACACCAGUUCGAGUGCGGUGCUAGGGUUUCCAUCUAGAGCCGCCGCCUGUGUGUGUGAUUGUAUAUGUGGGGUGAGGCUGGUUGAUUGGGGUUUGCUGAAUGACGUGUUAUUGUCGUUGUUGGCAUCGUCAGGGGAAGGUGGUGGUUGGGUGAUGGUUAUGGGGUUGAGUGGUGGAUUUGGAUAUUAGGGAGGGGAGUUUCAUGGCUGAAAGGCUACUUAGAGAUUUUAAAGGCACGUGUAAUGCAACAUGACCAUUUAUUGAAAUAAUAUUGCGUUAGGUUACAAGAUAACUUUUUAAGCUUAACUUAGCAUGUUAUGAGAUUUUGAACCUUGAAUAUCCCCAUCUGACAGGUAAAAAAUCCUCAAUGAGAUUUGCCAAUGGGUAUUGGUAUUGCACUAUCUAUAUGUUGCACGUUGUAUAUGCUGGUCUCUGCCGUAAUCGUUGGUUUGGUGCCCUAUCAUGUGAUGGAUCCUGACACUCCCAUCUCAUCUGCAUUUGCUAGCCACGGAAUGAAGUGGGCUGCAUAAGUAAAUGCCCAGUUUCAUAAUUGACUUUAUUGAGAUAUCCUCUGACUUGAAUCAUUUUUUUGUGAUAUGUGUCUAUGUACUAGUUGUGCGCAUGUACUUUUCAACUCAAGUACAUAAUAACUCUUGGAGCUUCUACUGCUCUUUGCUCGACAUUGAUGGGUUCUAUCCUUCCACAGCCUCGAAUACUUAUGGCAAUAGCUUGAGAUGAAUUGCUGCCAUCAUUUUUUCUGAUGUCAAUAAACGCGCACAAGUCCCUGUGAAGAGCACUGUGAUUACCGGUAUACUUGCUGGAAUGUUGGCAUUCUUCAUGGAUGUUGAACAGUUGGCAGGCAUGGUCAGUGUUGGUACACUAGUUGCCUUUACAAUGGUGGCAAUUUCUGUGCUGAUACUGAGAUAUGUUCCGCCAGAUGAGGUUCCACUUCCUCUGUCUUUCCAGGGUGCAAUAGAUUCAGUUUCACUUUUAGUUGGCAAGGAAACACCUGUUGGGUAUCCUCUUGUUAAGAAAGCAGCUGUGUGGUGCAACUGUAAGUUUAUCUUAUGAGCGAAUACCAUUUUGUGAUGUAUGCUAGUCUCCCUUUGAUUUACACUUUGUGGAACUGGUGGCAUUCUACUUUUAUAUGGUCUAGUGUUGCUCACCUUGAUCGACCAAGAUGAUGCAAGGCACAGCUUUGGGCAUUCGAGAGAGGCUCUACUUGGACCCAUGUAGCGACAGUUUAUCUUUUCAAUGGCGGGAAGCACAGCUCAUUGCGAGAUGCAGUUUGUGUUCCUGCAGCCUAUGUUAACGAAAUCUACGAAAGCUUCAGAAAUUCUCUGUCGUAAUUCUUUAUAACCGUUCUGGUAGAAACCCAUACAAGUUCAGAAUCUUGACAAGUCAAAGUGGAGUAAUUAGUUUUCUUAUUCAUUGAGCAAAUGUACGACUUUUUAGCCUGAUCUUGGGCUGCUGGUUUGUGUGGAUAAAGAUACCAUUUGUGUGUUUCAUAUCUCGGAAACACUCUUAUUUCUAUUGUAAUAAAUGAUCUUUUACAAUCUUGAAAGGGGAUGAGGAAGAACUUGAAAAUGAAAACUUGUAAAUAUAUACUUUUUGGGUCUGGUCAGCCUGUGACAAAAUAGUAUUUUUGUAGCAUACAUUGUAAAUUACGUGAUCUUGAAGUUGAUUGUACUUUUAGAACCUCGUAUUAUAUUUAUAUAAAUUUUUUCUUCUUAAUA